AUUGGGGAGUCUACUUAAACUAAAUAAUCCUGAAAAAGGAAAAAACAGAGAAGCAAAGAGAUGGAGAAAGCAGAGCUGAUCUUCAUUCCGUUGCCGGGAAUCGGCCAUCUAGUCUCCACCGUCGAACUUGCAAAGCGCCUACUUCACCGCGAUGAACGGAUUUCCGUCACCCUUCUUUCCAUGAAGUCACCAUUCGGAUCUGUUGAUGCAUACACCAAACCUCUUACUGCCUCAGAACCUCGGAUCCGGCUCGUCGACCUCCCCCCGGUAACCCACCCUUCACCUGAUCUCUUCAUCAAGUCCCUGGAAGCCUAUAUAUAUUCCUUUAUCGAAGCGCAAAUACCCCAAGUUAGAAAAACCGUAACAGAUAUUGUAUCAUCUUGCUCUGUCUCGGGUUCAUCCCGGGUAGUCGGUUACCGAUUCGACAUGGACAGAACAGGGCAGAGGUUGAAAGUUCGGAUCCAGAAUUCUUGAUUCCGGGUUUUGUCAACCCUGUUCCGGUGAAUGUCCUGCCUUCGGCUAUGUU